CGAGACUUCGUGAGCUCCUCCCUCUUUCCUUUCUGCCACCGCCAUGCCAUCCCGACUGAGAAAGACCCGGAAACUCCGGGGCCACGUGAGCCACGGCCACGGCCGCAUCGGUAAGCACCGCAAGCACCCAGGAGGCCGAGGGAAUGCUGGAGGCAUGCACCACCACAGGAUCAACUUUGACAAAUAUCAUCCAGGUUACUUUGGGAAAGUUGGUAUGAGGCAUUACCACUUGAAGAGGAACCAGAGCUUCUGCCCAACUGUCAACCUGGAUAAAUUAUGGACGUUGGUCAGUGAGCAGACACGGGUCAACGCUGCCAAAAACAAGACUGGAGCUGCUCCCAUCAUUGAUGUUGUUCGAUCAGGCUACUACAAAGUUCUGGGCAAGGGAAAGCUCCCUAAGCAACCUGUCAUCGUGAAGGCUAAAUUCUUCAGCAGAAGAGCUGAAGAGAAGAUUAAGGGUGUUGGAGGUGCCUGUGUACUAGUGGCUUAAAAGCCACUCCAGGUGUUAAUUAAAUGCUAACAUUUUCCAUGUGGUC